CUUUGAUUUUUUUCCUCCCUUGCGUGUCGUCUCUCUCUCCCUUGCGUGUCGUCUCUCUCUCGGCCACUAGCUCGCUCGCCUCUGCAGCUUUCUUCUCCACCGCGCCCUGGCUGAGCUCGGCGUCCUCCUCUACCACGGCUCCCAGUCCUUCUCUGCGCGGCGCUCCUGUGUUCCAAGCUCGUCGUGGAGCUUUGUCUCUCCAGUCGUCGCGCUCGGGAGUCCUUGUUGUGCUCGCCUCAGCGCUCUGGCCGAGCCCCUCACGCGUGCUCGUCUCUCUCCUCUGCCCGGCCCCAAGCUCCUGCGCGUGGCUCCCUGCUCGCGUCUCCGGCCAUCUCCAGCUCGCUGGCCGCGACCCCCCCGAGGUUUUUCCCAUGGCCGGCUCACUGCUCAACCCAAGCCGAGGUCGUGUACGAAGCAGCAAGCCUCAGAUUCUUCCGCGCCGCGUGCGUCGACUCGAUUUGCAACCCUGUGUCAUCGAUCUGUGCAGCCCCGACGUCAGCCCCAACAUCGAUCUGCGCGCGUGGAUCCGACGUCGCGUCUCGCUCUCUGGUGGUCGAGCUCACCCAGCUCGCCUCCUGUCUUCAACUAUGGAUGGCAGCCACCUUGGAUUGUUCAUAAACUCCGCCGCUCAGUGCCGCGUCUCCAGCACCAGCGUCCCUGCUCCUUGUUCCUCCAUGGCUGCGUCGCGCGCGUUCCGUUGUUCCUACGCGUGCUGCCGCAAAGCUCUCUGUUCUGUUCGCUUUCGUCGCAUUGUCGUGCGCGCGAAACUGCUUGCAGUCGAUAUCGAGUCCGUGACGCGCGCGUUGGACACGGUGAAACGCUACGUGUGCUUAUGUCCGAGCCCGACCGUGACCUCGCUUUGCUCCUCGCGUCACUGCUCACCGAGUCUUUCCUCAGCCCGUGAUCUCUCCCUGCCUGUCGUUGCGUCGUUCGUCGUCCUUUGGUCCUAGUCUGACCCAUCCGUGCGUUCGCUCCUCAUCCAUCGGGCUUCACGCGUGCUCGCGUUUGUCGUCGAGCUGUUGAACCCGUCCUCCCUUGCUCGUAACUUCGUCGUCGCUAGAAUCCUCACUAGAUUCGUGUCCUCGCCAGCCCGCUCCAUAUUCAAUCUCGUCGUCGUUCCGCGCGUCAGCAAAAGAUCCUAAGAAUCGGGUGAAGACGAAGCUAGCAGCAUGGUAUUCACCAAGUGCGUGAUAGGAAGCUCGAGCCAGGAUUUAUCAGCAUUCGUACGAGAUUUGGGUCGUGUUUGAUGCUGGUGAGCCGAUUUAUAAUUUUUGUAAGUUUAUCUGAUGAUUGGAUUAACUAGAAUUAUUAGUCGUAAUAAUCCUCGUAUUUAGCGCAGGCGCGUUAUGGUAGUGUUAAAAAUAAGUGAAGAACGAUGGGUUUAGUAAUGUGAAAGGUAGAUUAAUUUAGGGAUAUCUAAGCGAGGUGACGACGUAAAGGAUAGAUUUAGUAUUUCAUAUAACCAUCUGAUGAAUUUUGUCGUUGUCAAUUGCAUUAAAUAAAUAACAUAAAGAAAUGUUUGAUUAAUUGUUGACAUGUAAAAUAUGUGAGGAGUGAAAUAAAAUUAAAAUAGUUCUUUGUG